UCGACCUAGGGGAAGCCCCAGGACCGGUUCAGAUAAUCGUCACUGGUGUUGGUGGCCGUGAGCGGGAAUCGAACUCGGGUUGCCGGGUUCAGUAGCGGAGUGGAGCGUUACCCGCUACACACAGACACAGAGACACACGGAUUUGCAAUACACAGACACACAUGGAGUUGCAACACACAGACACAGAUGGAGUUGCAACAGACACACAGAGACAGACACACGGAGUUGGAACACACAUACAGAGACAGACACACGGAGUUGCAUCACAGAGACACAGAGACACACGGAGUGACCUGCAUUAGACCGUGCCUUGCAACGGGGUUAUUCGGCGCACCUGCGCCUAUGGGGCCAUCCAUAAAUGACGUCACGCGAUUUUGGAUGAUUUUUGACCCCCCCCCCCCUCAAAUAUGACAUCACAAAGCUCUGCCUCCCCCCCGAAAAAAAUAUAAAACAAGCUUCAAAUCGCUUUAAACUAUUGUCAUUGUAGUGUGUAUUUAAUGUGGCGCUGCACUCUGAUGUUGUAGGAGAAAACAUUUAUCAAAAAGUAUAUUUAAUUAAGCAGAAAUUGUCUAUAUUUAUUUAAAGUUGCGCAUUUUGAUGUGACGUCACACUUCUCAACCCCUCCCCCCUCGUCACACAUCGUCACAAAUGUCUGACCCCUCCCCCCCCGGAGGUGCGUGACGUCAUUCACGGACGGCCCCUAUGACUUCACCACGCGUUCACUGAACGUCAGUCACCCCCAUCGCCGUUCACACGCAAACCCGUGGCUUUCACCCGAUGGGCGCGUCGCGUUCUGCACGUCAAGUGACCGAUUUCCGAGCAACAGUUGCUGACGUUACCUACUCCUGCCCUGCCACCACCGACAUCAAUCACCGAGUAAAACAUCCUCCCGUGUGCCCCGACUGGAGAGACUGGACGACCGAGGUUUGUACUUAUUUUAUUAUUAUUUUUAUUACACGCUUUUAUUUAACUCACUCUGUUGUUGUCGUCCCUGUUGUCGUAUUCUACCCACUUCCCAAUGUGGUAUCGACUGCAAACUUGGUAUACUUAUGUUAUACUGAUGACAAUACUAUAUUCUAUCAUAAAACUAUAUUUUUUAACGAUAUUUUUACACGCUUUCUAUUAACUCUGUCUGUUGUUGUCGUCGUUGUAUCCUCAAAUCUCUAUUUUAACCCACUUCCCAAUGUGGUAUCGACUGCAAACUUGGUAUACUUAUGUCUUACUGAUGACAAUACUAUAUUAUAUCAUAAAAAAUUAAAAAUAAUCUUUUUAAACGAUAUUUCUACACGCUUUCUAUUAACUCACUCUGUUGUUGUCGUGUCCUCAAUUCUUGUAACUCAAGUUUAACCCACUUCUCAAUGUGGUAAUCGUGCAAACUUGGUAUACUUAAGUCUUACUGAUGACAAUACUAUAUUCUAUCAUGAAAAAAAAUAAUUAAACAUGAUUUUUUGUAUGUUAUGUUUCCGCUUGGGUCUAAUUGUCCACGCUCAUCUGACGUUGGCUGUAAAUCACCACGGAAACCUUACGUUAUGCCAAGCCUCGGGGCCACUUCCUGGAGUCGUGGAGUUCUGCCAUUACUCUGAACUCCAAUGAUGGCGUCCAGCAUUGAACUCGAUCGGUUCUACAGCGAAGAGGUUGAGUUUCCACCUCGGCUGCUCGCUUCGUACAUCAACACUGCCAAAAGCGAGGUUGAUACACUCCUGGCGGGGAUGAGAAGCAUUCAGCGGCCAAACAUAGAUCCCUCGAUUCAAUAUCACAUCGUUCCAACCGGCAGCUCAUACGAAGGACUCAAGGUGAGGGGGGAUAUGGAGCUGGAUUUUAUGAUCAUUCUCUCUCACCCGGAAUUCAAGUUUAUCCCCAUCACCUCAUAUUACAAUGGCUAUCGUAAAAUAAAAGCUGAACAGCGACAACCACAAUUUCAACUGCAAGCUGCAACAAGUUGGGGAUCAUCAAGUCCCUCUCACUCAUUUGAAAAGAACUUUACCAGCAAUGGAUACCUGACACCAUUAAAAAUAUAUCAGUGGUUUCAGUCAUUAGCAGACAGAGCAGUCAAUCAUAACAAGUCUAAAUUUGUUAAAAAGCUUGUAGGCAACUUUCCAGCCCGUACACUCAUUUUAAACAUUUCGCCCGAUGUUGAAAUCUGCGUGGACCUGGUCCCAGCGAUCUACAUUGGCAAACGUCUCUUCGUGGUGGCCAAACCCUUGAAGACAUCCCCAAACCUGCUCCUCUGGAGGCUGUCGUUCUCGGUCUUCGAGAAAAAGAUCCUCCGCCAGCUUCUAAGCUCCUCCUGCCACCUGAAGGCCCUGAAGAUCCUCAAGUACCUGAGGGAGCACGACACUCGGCUGGAGGAGACGUCUCAGUUCGCGAGUGGAAUCUGUUCGUACCACCUGAAGACGGCCUCCCUCCACCUGCUCGCGCAGAGGCCGGACACGCCGGAGGGCCUGCACGAGCACCUGCACCAGCUGAUGGACUUCCUCAUUAAGUGCAUGCAGAAAAGGGAACUCAACCACUUCUUUAUGGGGAAUCCAUCGAGCCUGGUGAGGGACGUGCAAGUGCCCAACAGCAUUACCCAAGGAGAGUGCCACCUCAAUCUCUUCGGGGACACAUUUAUGAAUCGGAGCACCCUGAGCCAGGCGAGGGAGAGACUCAUCAGGAUUAAACGCUCUCUGCCUGCCGUAAUCCAACAGCAUGCUGGCCCUGGUGCCAUAAUUGUGGCACCAGUAUAUCACUAUAACGAGAUAUUGCAUCACGACGAUUUCGUAUCGCGGCGACCGCCGUCGUUUCAAAACUGGUCAAAUGUCCGCGGGCAAUUUGCUACCGCGUCAGAAGGAGAUGGCGGCAGCGGCCUUUGGCUGUACUCGCACCGCUGUUGUUGUUUGGUUGUUUGUUGUUGUUGUUUGGUUGGUUGUUUUUGUUUUGGUUUACUGUGGAUUCUGUCAACCGCUCCUUCUGUCCCCACUGUGGAAGCCUCGACUUGGGAAUAAAGAGAACAUCUGCAUCCCCCAUCAGGGGUGGGGAACGUCCGGCCCGCGGGCCGUAUAAGUCCCACGAAAUAAUUUGGUCUGGCCCUGCCAAGGCAACCGCACGACUCGAAAUUCAAUAAAAUUCAAUAAGUCUAGGAGCUUUUUGCAUAGCAACGUGAAUUUGAUUUUGUGUGGCCCGCGAAUGAUGUUAUAAAUAUUUAAUGGCACUUGGCAGAAAAAAAGGUUCCACACCCCUGAAUUUUAAUAGGUACCCAGAGUCAGUAACUGAACCCGGGUAUUUUAUUUUAAUAAUAUAAACGCCCAACUUUAUCUGUGAUGAAUAUGAUGAACGCUGCACUUCCUGUCGUUUUCAUGCAGGGGGCGCUGCAAACCUACGCGCUCCCCCUGCAUGAACGACGGAGGCACAGGGACAGACGUUCGAUUACGUUGGAAUUGAUCUGCAGACGGCAGUCUUCUCGCAUGGCCAGCAGCUCUAUGUCGCCUUAUCUUGAUCUCGCAAUCCCAAACAGGUGAAAGUCCGCAUCGAACCGAACCCCCAGCAAGGCCAUCUACUUAACGAUGAGAUCAAAUUCACACGAAAUGUCCUUUUCAAUGAAGUCUUCCAGAUAUAAAAUGAUAUAAGCUUUUAAUGAAUAAUUAAAAAAGUAUCUAAUUCAAAGCGUAAUACAAUUCAAAGAUGUUUCAUUUUAAAACUUCAAAACGGAGCAUUGGGUGCUUGCGUGAAUGCGUCGUUCAUGUGAAAACAUUUUCGUGACUUUCCUGGCCGACGGCCGUAAAUGGUUGUGAGGAGUCCCGCAGGCGCCCCCGGACAAACCCGAGUUUUAUAAACUUGGUAGUGAGUCAACAUUCUUAUAUACUUGGGGGCCGUCCAUAAAUGACGUCACGCACCUGAGGGGGGAGGGGGGUUGAGAAAUGUGACGUCACAUCAGAAUGCGCAACUUUAAAUAAAUAUAGACAACACGUUCUACUUAAUAAAAUAUACUUUUUGAUAAAUAUUUUCUCCUACAACAUCAGAGUGCCGCGCCACAUUAAAUACGCACUACAAUGACAAUAGUUUAAAGCGAUUUGAAGCAUGUUUUGUGACAUCAUAUUUGAGGGGGGGUCUGACUUU